ACCAUUUUAAAAAGAUUACUGGACUAUUGACUUUGAGUAGAGUUGUCCUAGCGACCAAGUAAACACUGUCUUCCUAUCUCUGUAAAACCCAGAAGGAGUUUAAUCCAGUGAUAUUAUCCACAAAAGGUGAUUAAUUAGCAAAACUUGAUUAGUUAGUGCUUAUAUCAUGGCUGAAGUGAAGCUGCUGGGAUCUUGGGGAAGCCCAUUUAGUAGGAGAGUGGAAGCAGCUCUGAAGCUAAAAAAUGUGGAGUAUGAAUUUGUUGAUGAGGACCUGCAGAGCAAGAGUGCUUUGCUUCUGAAAUCCAACCCAGUUCAUCAGAAGAUCCCUGUGCUCCUGCACAAUGACAGACCAAUAGCUGAGUCCCAGGUCAUUCUUGAGUACAUUGAUGAGACUUGGAAGGAGGGUUUUCCCAUUUUGCCUAAAGAUCCUUAUGAAAGAGCUCAGGCACGUUUCUGGGCUAGGUUCAUUGAUGAAAAGUGCUUGCCUGCAACAUGGAAAGCUCUCUGGGGCAGUGAGGAACCUGAGAAGGCUGUGGAAGAAGCCUGUGAGCUUCUGAAAAUAUUGGAAAAUGAGCUCAAAGACAAGAAGUUCUUCGCAGGAGAAACCGUUGGACUUGUGGACAUUGUUGCCAACUUCAUAGCCUUCUGGCUUAGAGCCAUUCAAGAACUUGUUGGAGUGGAGCUGUUGAGCAAAGAGAAGCUUCCCAAACUCUACAACUGGAGCGAUGAGUUUUGUAGUGUUUUUCAGGAAAAUCUGCCUCCCAAAGAUAGAUUAGUUGCUCACUUCCGUGGUCGCCUACAAAGCACCACCACCACUACUACUUCCAGCUAAUUAAAAGGGUUCAUAAAUCAGUCAUAAGAUGGUUUACUUCGAAGCAUUUCGUAGUUCAUGAUAUUUAUAAGAAUAAAUGCAGGAUUGCACUUGUGGCUAGAUCGCGUUCUCUUGUGCGUGCACGCUCGCGUAUGAUGCAUAUUUAUCUUGUUAGACGUGAUAUUACUAUGUACUCUAAGCUAGAUUGAGGGUUGGGCAGAGUUCGAACACCGAAGUGCAAUGAAUUGACGAAGAAUGUCUAAUCCACUUAGGUAAUCCAUCAUUUGCAAAGUACUUAGUUACUUAUAUAUUCUAUAUAGUGCCAUAUUUUUUUUU